AGGACCCGGCUGGCCGGGAUGAGAAGCCAAAAAGCUCCCCAAAGCCCAUAGCCAUGGUUGGCAAAGCGCUGGCCCUCUGCCUGCUGGGGCUCCUGGCUCUGUCCUCCGCUUGCUACAUCCAAAACUGCCCCAUCGGGGGCAAACGCGCCGUCAUGGACAUGGACAUCAGGAAGUGCCUGCCCUGCGGUCCCAGGAACAAGGGUCGCUGCUUUGGUCCCAACAUCUGCUGCGGGGAAGAGCUGGGUUGCUACAUGGGAACGGCCGAGACGCUGCGGUGCCAGGAGGAGAGCUUCUUGCCCACCCCCUGCGAGUCGGGACGCAAGCCCUGCGGCAGCGGGGGGAGCUGCGCCGCCCCCGGGCUCUGCUGCGGCAGCGAGGGUUGUGUGCUCGACUCAUCCUGCGACCAAGAGGUGCCCUUUGCGUAGAGAACGGGAGGGAAGAACCUGCGAGAUCCCGGAUCUACAGUCGCACCAGCCCAGGCUGAGAACAGACGAGCCAAGCUCUGCAACUUGUGACCUUAAUUAGAAAUAAAACUUGUACAGGAAAACAAAA